AAGCGGCGUUUACUUAUUUUCCUGUGAUUUCAUCAUUCUCUUCUCCUCGCAUUCACCGCGGUCCAUGCUUCUGCGUAGCGCAGCGUCGGCACUGCUGAGGACCAGCACUGUGACCCCCCCCCUCCGCCCGGCGUCCACGGUCCGGUUCGUUCGCCAGUCGCUCCGCUACCCGCCCCAGAACAGGCCGUUUUCGACGUCGGUCUGCUUGCGCCAGAAGAAGAAGAAGGAGAGAAGCCUGUGGCUGCAGCUGGCGGAAGGACAAACCAUGGACGGCAACAUCGAGGAGAUCCUCGCCCCUCUGAGGCUCGCGGUCAAGGAGCAGGGGGACCUGGUUCGCCAAAUGAAACAGGAGGGUGUCCCCGACGUGGAUGUCACCAGAGCUGUGGCCGAGCUGAAGGCGAGGAAGAGAACUCUGGAGGCCAAGGAACUGUCAUUACAACCCAAAGAUGACAUCGUUGACAGAACCAAGAUGGAGGAUACUCUUAAGAGGAGAUUCUUCUAUGACCAGGCCUUCGCCAUCUACGGAGGUGUGAGCGGCCUGUACGACUUCGGACCCGUGGGCUGCGCCCUGAAGAACAACAUCCUGCAGGCCUGGAGGCAGCACUUCAUCCAGGAGGAGCAGAUCCUGGAGAUCGACUGCACCAUGCUCACCCCUGAGCCUGUCCUCAAGACGUCAGGGCAUGUGGACAAAUUUGCUGACUACAUGGUGAAAGACGUGAAGAAUGGUGAAUGCUUCAGGGCUGACCACCUCCUCAAAGCCCAUCUCCAGAAGCUGAUGUCUGAUAAGAAGUGUGCGGCAGAGAAGAAGGCAGAGAUGGAGGAGGUCAUCACUCAGAUGGAUAACUACACUCAACAAGAAUUGACUGACCUGUUUGUGAAAUACAACGUCAAGUCCCCCACCACAGGAAAUGACCUCACCCCUCCUAUUUCCUUCAACCUGAUGUUUCAGACGUCCAUUGGACCGGGGGGGAAUAUGCCAGGCUAUCUGCGGCCUGAAACCGCUCAGGGAAUCUUCCUCAACUUCAAGCGCCUUUUGGAGUUCAACCAGGGAAAGCUGCCCUUCGCUGCUGCUCAGAUAGGAAACUCCUUCAGGAACGAAAUCUCUCCUCGCUCUGGACUCAUCCGUGUCAGAGAGUUCACCAUGGCUGAGAUCGAGCACUUUGUGGACCCCAAUGAGAAGGUCCACCCUAAAUUCCCCAGUGUGGCCGACCUGGACAUCAUCCUGUACUCCUCUAAGGCCCAGACCAGCGGGCAGUCUGCACAGAUCAUGAAGCUGGGAGAUGCUGUGGAGCAGGGAGUGAUCAACAACUCCGUCCUGGGAUAUUUCAUCGGGAGGAUCUACCUCUACCUUACUAAAGUUGGUAUCGCCAAAGAAAAGCUGCGUUUCCGACAGCACAUGGACAACGAGAUGGCUCACUACGCCUGUGACUGCUGGGACGCCGAAACCAAAACCUCAUAUGGCUGGAUCGAGAUUGUGGGGUGCGCAGACCGGUCUUGUUUUGAUCUGCAAUGCCACGCACGGGCCACAAAGGUCCCUCUGGUGGCUGAGAAGCCUCUUAAAGAACCCAAAGUUGUAAACGUCGUCCAGUUUGAAACCAACAAAGGAGCCAUCGGUAAGGCGUAUAAGAAGGACGCCAAGAUAGUCAUGGAGUAUUUGUCCAUGUGUGACGAAUGCUUCGUUACAGAGCAGGAGCAGCUUCUCAAUGAGACUGGAGAGUUCACCGUCGAGACGGAGGGCAAGACAUUCAAACUCACAAAGGACAUGGUCAGCGUGAAGCGCUUCCAGAAGACUCUGCAUGUGGAGGAAGUGGUUCCAAACGUCAUCGAGCCGUCCUUUGGCAUCGGCAGGAUUAUGUACACCAUCUUCGAGCACACAUUCCAAAUCAGGGAAGGCGACGAACAAAGAACAUACUUCAGCUUCCCAGCUACCGUUGCUCCAUACAAAUGUUCGGUCCUGCCUCUGAGUCAAAACCAGGAAUUCGUGCCCUUUGUGAAGGAAUUGUCUGAGGCAAUGACCAAGAACAGCGUGUCUCACAAGGUGGACGACUCCUCGGGAUCCAUCGGGCGGCGCUACGCCAGGACAGACGAGAUCGGGGUGGCGUUUGGCAUCACCAUCGACUUCGACACCGUGAACAAAACGCCUCACACGGCCACUCUGAGAGACCGAGACUCCAUGAGGCAGAUAAGGGCUGAGGUCAGCGAGCUGCCUGUGAUCGUUCGGGAUUUGGCCAACGGCACACUGACCUGGGCAGAGGUGGAGAGCAAGUAUCCGAUCUUCGAAGGACAAGAGACGAGCAAGAAGGACACAGUUGAAGAGUAAAGCUCGUUCGUCUGCCGCCGCCCCCCCCCCCCCCCCCAUGAAAAUCCACAGACUUGUUGCAUAUGCAUCACUAGGAAGAAUAUGUUGCGACUGUAUUGUGAUAAGCAAUAGUGGUGCACCGAGCCCUCCUUGUGUUCUACACCACUGCAAUCACUACAAAAAAUGUCAUGUAUUCAUCAUAUCUACCUUGUGGAGAAAUAGCUUGCACAGGACUGUUGUUUCCUCGAGGAGCAACGUUUCAUCUAUGUAUGACAUUGUCAAUAUGUUUUAAAAGGGAGAAAAUGGAACCGGGUUGAUUCGGGUGCGCAGUGGAACAAGGCUUCCACCAUUUCACUUUACAGGCAUAUUGAGAUGUUUAACCAUUUCAAUAAAAACAGCCAGCACUUACUGGA